AUGGCGCCCUCAGCGACGGUCACAGAGAAGAAGAAGGGACCCCAGAGACUGGCGUGGUCUUACCCCUCCCCUGGCAGAGGCUAUCAGCGCAUGACGCCUGUUCAGGCCGCCACUAUUCCCCAGUUCCUCGGCAACAAGGACGUCGUCGUCGAAGCUGUCACAGGCAGCGGCAAGACCCUGGCAUUUCUGCUCCCCAUCGUGCAGAAGCUGCUCCGCCUCUCCGAACCCACCAAGCGUGGCCAUGUCUUCGCCAUUAUCGUCUCGCCGACUCGCGAGCUCGCUCAGCAGAUUUACAACGUUCUCAUGGGCCUCAUCGCCUUCCACACUGCCUCCUCGGAGAUGCUUCCCUUCUUGAAGGAGGAUGACAAGCGCCCCGACUCGGCCGUGCCCAUCGCCGUGCCCCAGCUGCUCGUCGGAGGCACGACCACGACGCAGCAAGAUCUCAGCUUCUUCGUGCGUCACUCUCCCAACAUUCUCGUCUCCACGCCCGGCCGCCUCGUCGAGCUCCUCGCCUCGCCCCACGUCCACUGCAGCCAGUCCACCUUUGACAUGCUCGUCCUCGACGAAGCCGAUCGCAUCCUCGACAUGGGGUUCCGCCAGGACCUCCAGCGCAUCCUCUCCCACCUCCCCAAGCAGCGCCGAACCGGUCUCUUCAGCGCCUCCGUCUCCGAGGCCGUCUCCCAGAUCAUCACUGUUGGCCUGCGCAACCCUGUCAAGAUCGCUGUGGGCGUCAAGUCCCUCCGCGACGGCAACAUCAUCGAAGACCGCAAGAUUCCCGCCUCUCUGCAAAUGGCAUACCUCCUCACGCCGGCCUCCCAGAAGAUGCCGGCCCUCGCCCAGAUCCUCGACAAGCUCAACCCGCGCCCCCAGCGCAGCAUCAUCUUCCUCUCCACCUGCGCCGCCGUCGACUACUUCCAGCACAUCCUCCCCGACAUGCUCCCUGCCGGCUUCUCCCUUGUGCCCCUGCACGGCAAGCUGCCGCCCAAGGUGCGCGAAAAGUCCUUCAACCGCUUCCUCACGUCCGUCUCCCCUUCGGUCCUCCUCUGCACCGACCUCGCCGCUCGUGGCCUCGAUAUUCCCCAGGUCGACUUUGUCUGCCAAGUCGACCCGCCCUCAGAUCCCAAGGUCUUCAUCCACCGCGCCGGCCGCGCCGGCGGCCCCGGGCGCAAGGGCUUCGCCGUCGUCCUCCUUCCACCCGGGCGGGGAGGAGGAAUUUUGGUCCCUUUCCUCGCCGCCCGCAAAAGGCCCAUCCACCCGCUUGACGACCCCCCAAGGUGA